AUGAUAAACAAUAAAUUAAUUAGAUAUAAAAUCACUUUAAAUAAACCCAAUUUAAGUGUAUCCAAUCAACAAAUAUUAAAUAGUUUUUUCGAAGUUUCAAAUAAUGAUUCAAAUAAGAAAACUAGCAAUUUACCUUUUCAUUUUGAAUUUAAACAAAAUAAAUUAUCAUUUAUAAUUUUAUCACCAAAUGAUAUACAAGAGAUAAACAACUACGGCAACAAUAACAACAACAACAAUAAUAAUAAUAAUAAUAAUAUUAAUAAUUCAAUAAUUGAAUUAGAUAAAAAACUUAAACAAUUUAAUCAAUAUAAUCAAUUAAAUAAAAAUGAAGGUUUUAUUAUUAUAGAAUCAUUAAUUGGUAACACAUUAACCUUUGGUACUAAUAAAAUUAAUAACAAUGAUACCAUUAAUAAUAACAAUAGUCUUUAUGGAAAUUCAAAGAUUAAAGAAUUUAAUAAAUUUCAAUUGAAUUAUUUAUUUUAUAAUUUUAAAUUUUUAUUCUCUUCUAGCCAAACUGAAACCUUUGAAAUAAUGAUAAAAUGUUUAGAAGAAUCCAAUCAACCAUCAAUAUCAAAAUCUCCAAAAUCAAUAAUCGAUUCACUAUUUUUAAAAAAUGAAAAAAUUAAAUUACUUAAUUCAAUUGAUAAUUUAAAAAUAUCUGAUUGUCAAUUCUUAUUAACUGGUGAUAAAGAAAUUUCAAAUAUAUUUCAAGCAAUUGAGAAAGAAAAUAAUAAAUUUAUAAAUGCUAUAACUACUAUAAAUUCUAAUAAUAGGAGUGAAAAUGUUGGUGAACAAAUAGAUAAAUCAAUACUUUCAGUUUAUAAAUUUUUACAAAGUGAUUCCAGAAUUUAA